GCCGUUGGUGGCGUUUUCAAGGGAAGUGACCGUGAUUUGACAUGAAAAGAAAUAGAAAUUGCACAAACUGACAAAGAUGUUUCGUUUCGGAUAUUCUAAAUGAUUAUUUACAGUGUAAUUUGUAAUCAAUUAUCUCAGAUAGCCUAUUAAUUGGUGUCACCAUAGCAUAGAAUAUCGAAAAAGCAGUGUUUGUGUAUUUCGAAAUGAAUUCAAACCAGGCAGUUUCCAGUCUUUCAUCGCCAGGCCUUGCAACUCCUGGAAGCUCUGGUGGCCCUGCCAUAUACCAUGCACCGAUGACACCUUCUGCCAUGCUGAUGCAGCCUCCCAUCCAACGUCCUCCUCGAGUUAUUGAACAGCAGCAGUCCGAGGAUGAGCAGCAUCGACAUGGCAGUAGCAGUCGACAAUCACCUCAGAUUGGUGCAUCCCCUGCGGUCGGCUCCCACAAUGCUGUCAUGUCCACGCCAUCUGUUCCAUUCUCUUGGCAACAUCCUGGAACCCCAGGGAGUUCCCCAAUGACUCCGCUGAACCCAGCAACUCCGGCUAGUGAAUACACUGGUAUUCUCCCACAAUUACAAAAUAUUGUAUCAACUGUAAAUUUAGGUUGUAAAUUAGACCUAAAGAAAAUUGCCUUACAUGCGAGAAAUGCCGAAUAUAAUCCAAAACGAUUUGCAGCAGUCAUCAUGCGUAUCAGGGAUCCAAGAACCACAGCAUUGAUCUUCAGUUCUGGAAAAAUGGUUUGUACCGGGGCCAAAAGUGAAGACCUCUCCAGAUUAGCAGCAAGGAAAUAUGCUCGUGUUAUCCAGAAACUUGGGUUCCCAGCAAAGUUUAUAGAGUUUCGUAUACAAAACAUGGUUGGAAGCUGUGACGUUAAGUUUCCUAUUAGGUUAGAAGGUCUUGUCUUAGCCCAUGGACAGUUUUCAAGUUAUGAGCCUGAACUAUUCCCUGGUCUUAUCUACCGAAUGGUGAAGCCAAGAAUUGUCUUACUUAUAUUUGUAUCUGGAAAAGUUGUGCUAACAGGAGCUAAGGUUAGAUCAGAAAUAAAUGAUGCAUUCAACAACAUCUACCCCAUUUUAAAGUCAUUCAAGAAAACUUCCUAGUUGCUUAAGCUAUGCAUUCUUACUUGUGUUAGACAACUUGAUUUGCUGGGGACAGAAUAUACAGUACCUAGAGUAAGAACUUGGCUCUGAGUACAGUGGUGACAAGACAGAAAGAAGUUACAAAUUCAUUGGUAAGAAGACAUGAGACUUGGUUUGAAGUAUGCUUGUGACAAGACAUAAAAAGUAGUUCCAAGUGUAUUGUUUAGGAGACAUGGAUUUUGGUUCCAAGUACAUUGUGAAAAAACACAGAAAGUAGUUACAAAUUCACUUGUGAGAAGACCUGUUUUGUUCUUAGUAUAUUGGUAACAAAACAUGGAAUGCAUGUUUGAAAAGACAUUGAACUUAGUUCUGAGUACCUUGGUGACAAAAUAUUUGCCUUGGUUAAAUUUAAUGUGGUGAUAAAAUAUGGAACCUGGUUCCAUGUAAUUUGGUGACCAACUAUGGAACUGGGUUCAAUUUAUAUGUGGUGGCACUUGGUUUAACAUAAUCUUGUCACAAGUCAAGAUAUGGAACUUAUUUCAAUUAAGUAUGGUGAAAAGAUAUGGAACUUAGUUCUGUAUUACUGUAAUAUGACAUGUGAUGCUAUGUGGUAAGAAAUGAAACUUAGUUACACUUACACUGGUGACAAAAUAUAGAACUUGGUUCCAUUCACCCAGGUGACAAAAUAAGAAAAUGUACUUUGGCGCAAUCUGGUAUCAAGACAUAAAGCUUGUCCCUUGUACGUUAGUGACAAGAUGUGAAACUUGGUAAAAGUGUAAACAUGCUUGUUGACUUGCUAAUUUUUUAGGUGCAGUGGACAGUCCUACUUAUUGUAUUUUAAAAGCUACUGCAGGUCUACACUUGCCACUUGUCAGCUAAUACAAGCACAUCUAUUUGGAGAAUUCUGGUGGGUAACAGUGUGGACCUUUGUUAAUAAAUUGUACAGUAUUGUUAAAAUGUGGUGAUUUUCAAAUAUUUUUUGUUUGUAGAAAGUGAAAUAUAUUUAAGAAUGUGAAACAUUAAUAAAUUAAGUAACAUGGUAAUUAUUUCAGUUGUUAAUUUUCUAUUCUGCCUGGUAAAGAAAUGAAUUAUUUAUAGUUCUUAUUUCAGUUUGUUUAUGAAGGAAUAUCAAUUAGUAUUGUUAUGAAAUCAUGUGUUGGAUGAUAAUGAUGCUGAUACUAAUUAACAAUACAAAACAUAGUUGAGUGGAUCAUCCCAUCACACAAAGCAGGCUUAUCAUGUAAAUAAGUAAAUAUUUUGAUAAACAAACAAGAAAUAAACUAAAUGUCCUUUUUCAGCGGUUUUUUGCAAUGAGUUAUAUACUGUCAAAGUGGUAUUAAGAAAAUAGUACUGUAAUUGAAUUUCUUCAACCAAGUUAUUAUUUUUCAAUAAACAUUUGCCCGUACCCAAGGUUAAUCGACAUAAGUUGUGUGUAUGUUUGUUUAUGUCGAUUGACCUCGAUAUGGGCAUGCACAGUUCAAACUACAAAAUGGCUUAUUGAAAAUUAGAUUAAGAAAAUAUGUUCCUUGCCAUUUGAUAGGGCCAUAAAUUGUACCAUUACUGUAUUCUUUUCAUAGGUCCUGAACUUGGCUGAUAACCAAUCUAAUAUCUGUAAAUUAGCAACAGCUUUAUUAACAACCUCAAGGACAUAGGCUGGUUUUGGCCAUAGGGGGUGUGUCAGCAUCCCUGAGCCUACGACCAUGAACCAUGUACGCCCAUGUAUUUUUUCCAUUUAAAUGAACAAUCCAUUGUUUUAAUUAAAUAAAUUUUAGCAAUUUUUCCUACAUUUUAUCAGAGGAGGUAUAAUUUGCAUUAUUAAAGAAACUAAGUUCGCAUUAAGUAUGGAUCUUCAGCAACUCGUAUUUUGUCGGCUCUGUAAAUAUAUUGUACAAAGGAGGUAUUGCUUAGUUUUUAGCUAUAUAAAAGUAUAUUAUGUUAUGUUAGAUUGGCUGUAAAUUGUUCUUUUUCAUUCUGCUCAAUUUUUAUAAUAAAAGAUUGAAAUGUGAAAA